GGAGGAGGGGUCUGUAUUAGAAGAGUAUAUAUAGUGGCCAUUUUAGGUCAGGGGCCAUCUUAAUUAAUCCUCACUUACCUGUUUUGUGCAGACUGUGUGGUCUCUGUCUUGUGUCUUACAGGUGCUGCUGUUGGAAGAAUGGAGGAUUGGCUGGCUGGUGUCCGUGCUGCUGUUCAGCAGAUAGGUGUUUCCUGGCUCUGGGAGCAUCUGGGGGAAGCAUUUGGGCAUUCUGCAUCUGGGUCCACAGCAAUGGAAGGAGUGCUUCCUGGUCGUCCCACUCAGAGAACCAGACCUUCGCAAUUAUUGAGCCCUAGCGCUGGCUCCAACGGGAGGAGGAGGGUGAGCCCGUCUCUGGAAGCGAGGCCGGUGGCUGCUGGGAGUCUGUAACCGUACGUUCUGGCUGCGAAGGAAAGGAGCGUUCGGGCCAUGAACAGUAGUCGCCUGGAGGUGGAGACCGUUCGGGGCACAAACACGGAGGAUGGUGUACGUUUGGGUAGGAGAACAUGUUCGGGCUGCGAACAGGAGGAGGCUGCUACGGGUUCACGUUCGGGCCAGGAACAGGUGUGUAAAAGGUCUGCCGAACGUUCAGUCCACAACCAGGAUGUCGGUUCGGUCCACAACCAGGAGGUCAGUUCGGGCUGCGAACAGGAAGGUCGGGAAGAUGUUGCACGUUCGGGUUGCGAGAUAAGGGAGAGUUCGGGUCAGGAUACCAGGUUCGGGCCGCAUUUGCGACAAUGAGCCAGCAUCACUGCAAAUGGCUGGGAGGAGAAAGGCUGGGACAGCCACAGCGGGCUCUGCAGCAGGCAAUGGAGGCACUGGGAGUGCUGUUGGUCAGGAUGGAGAAGUGGUUCCAGCUGGUGAGUCGUCCCUCAUUCCAAGGGGUCGCAGGUCCAGGGGCAGCAAGCAGGUGGUGGAAAGGCGGGAGCCAGGCACCCAGGGAACGGCUUAGGGUCCCCUAAGGAUAGUGGGCAUCGACGGGCUUAUCCUAGUAGGUCUCGGGAACGAAGUUUGUCCAUGGGGUUGCCUCGUGGGUCGGUGUCCAGAUCGCCUAGUGUGGCUAGAGGUAAGAAGGAACCAGGGAAAUAUCGCCUGAUUCAUCAUUUAUCGUACCCUCCUGGGGGUUUGGUGAAUGAUGACAUUUCUGCCGAACUCUGCCGGGUUUCCUA